AGGCGCGAGGAAACAUUUUACUGUUAUAUCUCUAUAACAAACAAUUUUCUAGUCAGAUAUUUUUAAAAUCCACACAAUAAAUAUUCUCAUAAGUAAAAUAUAAUUUGGAAAAUAUUCAUCACUUUCUGCCACUCACUGCAACCCUGUUCAUUUAGCUAAUAAGUUUAUCAAAACACCGCAGCCACUCAUUCGACAUUACAUCCAAUACCCCGCCCAUUAGCCCGCUGAGAAAUUAAUUCGUUUGCUCAUAUAGCCACCUGCUGAUUGCAAACGUUUGAUACAACAUCGCCACUCGCAACCGUAGGAACCAUUCAGUCAGUCAAGUUUCAUUGACAUUGAAUCGAGAUGAGUGCGCGGCGCACUGUGAUUAUUUUCAAAUCCGAAUCGGAGAGUAGUGACCGGUACGCGGAGGAAUUGCACUCCAACGGCUUCAAUCCAAUAUUCGUGCCCACACUCAGUUUCGGCUUCAAGAAUUUGGAACAGCUGCGAGCUAAACUACAAACACCAGACCGUUUCGCGGGUAUCAUCUUCACCAGUCCGCGAUGCGUCGAAGCGGUUUGCGAGGCAUUGCAGUUAUCAGAACUGCAUAGUGGUUGGAAGUUGUUGCAUAAUUAUGCAGUUGGCGAGGUCACACAUAAUUUGGCUUUAUCGUCACUGCAACAACUGUUCACGCACGGCAAGCAAACCGGUAAUGCACGGAAUCUAGGUGAUUACAUAGUGGACACAUUCGACGGUUCGCGCGAUCUGCCGCUGCUGCUGCCCUGUGGCAAUCUACGCACCGAUUUACUACUCUCAAAGUUGGUGGAGAAUGGCUUUCAAGUGGACGCUUGUGAAGUGUACGAAACCGUCUGCCACCCAGCAUUGGCGGAGAACAUGGAGAGUGCGUUGAAGGCGGCGAAUAUAGAAUACUUUGCUUUUUUCUCACCGUCGGGUGUUAAUUGGGUGCACGAAUAUUGUAAGGCGCACAACGUGGACAUGGGCAACUGGAAAUUGGUGGCCAUAGGACCGAGUACGCGUUUAGCUAUAGAGGAACGCGGACUGCCGGUUUUUCAAACGGCCGAGCGACCAUCAGUGGAGUAUCUCAUAAAAGUACUGUUGAAUCCCAGUGUAGGCAGACCGAAGCCGACUGGCGAAGUAAAACAGGAGGAGUAGCAAACAAGGUUUAAGAGAUUAAUCGAGGCCGGCUGUUAGCUAAUUCGAUUUUUUAUAAAUUUAUUUAUUCGAUUUUCAAAGCAAUGAGGCCUUACCAAAUAUUUCAACUGUUCGUGAUCGGAUAUGUGCGGCUUCUAACGUACAUCCAAGUGAAUGCAAAUUCACGGGAAUGUUGAAAUCCCCAUUUGUACUUGCAGUGGCAACAUGUAAGUAUGUAUGUAUGUACAUAUGACAACUGAGUGAAACUUGCACUUUCGAUGAUAUUCGUAUUGGUCAUACAUUCGUAAGUUUAGGGGAAAGUUACCAAAUAAAAUUUUAUAUUUUUAAUUACUAUGUUCAAA